AUGGGCGUACAACUGUUGGCUGGCCCCGCCGGGUUCGGAAAGUAUCCAAACAAGCGUCUUCUUGGCAAUCCUUCCUUUUCUUCCCCUUCUUCACCUUUUCCUUCUCCUUUUUCCCCUUUUUCCCCUUCUUCCCCUUCUUCCCCUUCUUCUUCAUCUUCCUCCUCGGGCAAGAUGGCACAUUUGGGGCCCGUCUUUGGCCAGCUCAGAUUCGCUGUACCAAUUGACGCUUGCCAAACGAUCCAGCCGCUAGGUCCUGCUGCUCGUCUUCCAACACCACUCAGCACCAGCACAGGCAGUGAAUCCUCUUUAACUGGGCCUGAUUCACUGGUUGCCGCCGAUUUGCCUGACGCUUGGCUUACAUGGUCCGAAUGGGACACUAAAUUGGCGGUUGAGCAAAUGGUAGGCUUUGGGCCAAUAAAAGGCAGCAUUGUUGUGGUACGUCGUGGCGAAUGUGUCUUCAUACAGAAAGCAAGAAACCUAGAAGCAGCUGGGGCGCUUGGUGGCAUCGUUAUAGACUCCGACCCAACAACCUCUUCGGCCACUGUUCCUGUCUUCUCGAUGUCUGGCGACGAGCAGUCACUAGGUCAACCUAAUGGUGGCAUCAACAUUCCAUUCGUUUUUCUUUUCUCAGCCGAAGGUCGCCAGUUGAUCUCUAGUAUGGCCACAACUUGGAUACAGAAAGCUAACAGUGAUAUGUUGAGAUCUAGUGGAGUUGAUUUGACAGUGACUUCAGGACCCGAUUCCCCUGCAGGCGUACAUACUUCUCCGAACUUAUCUCUUCACAAAAAUGAGUUUUUUAGUCAAUUCAUAACAAAUGGUCUGGAAGAUGGGGCAGUUCACACGUCAGUCGCUCACAAAAAUCUGCAUAUGCAUGAGACUUCGGAAGACAAGUCGAUUGCGAAUACUAAUGUUUCCGAUGCUCCUUGA